AGUUGACGAACGUAUCGUAGGAAGGUCAUGGGCAAAAUGAUUCGCACUAGUGGACAUCGAGAACACAUGCAUAUCCGAGACAUGCAGAAGUAAAGGUAGGAGCUAUUGUCACUGCGAUAUCGCUUGGUGCGUACUUCUUACAUAUCGCACAGGGUUAAAACGAGGUUACUUCGCGAGUUUUCAGUGAGAAAGCGGUCCAAGAUAUAGCCCCCCGGCCGUUAUUAUGGUUAUCUGGACCCAAAUUGUGCUCAGACCAGUCGUGGAAGGAAGGGAGCCUCCUUCAUAUAUAUACCGGCGGAACAUCUUCACCGGUAUCAAACAACGAUCAACUUCCUUCACACAGUGAAAACAACAGUAGUUAUGGCAUCUCUCAAAUUGGCCGUUUUAGUUUUUUGUGUCGCGGCAGUGGCGGCGGUGCCUGCUCAGAACGAGGCUCGCGGCAAUUCGAUCCAAACCGAAAACGACCUGCUCGACUCGAUCUACCAGGACUGUUUGCGCAAAGAUUCGUACUCAUGCCUCAAGGUCAAACUGUUCAACUUUGUGGAUAAGAUGCUCGGUCACAAGGACAGUAUCACCAUCGCCGAUGGGGUACAAUUGGUUAAGACUAGUGACGAGAAAGAUGGAGCGCCACGUGCCAUAGGCGCAGACGAUUCAUUGGAGAAUAUCUUGUGGAACCGCAUCGGAAGUUUUUUGGAAACGCACGAAAUCAAAAUUAACCUUAAGGGUAGUGAAAUUGUGAACACAGUGGCCAACACCGCUCGUUCAUUCAGUGACGUCGUCGACAGCUUGAACGAAGAGGAGAACGCAGUCGAAACUGACGAAGCUAGGGGCAAGAAGAAGAAGGCUGCCAAGAUCUUGGGACCUCUACUUGCUGCUGCUGCCUUGAAAGCUGCCGUUCUUGGUAAACUCGCCCUCGCUGGUAUCGCCCUCAUCGCUGGUAAGGCCCUGAUCAUCGGUAAAAUUGCCUUGGUACUCUCCGCCAUCAUUGGACUCAAGAAACUCCUUGGAGGACAAGGCAAACACGUCACCUACGAAGUCGUAUCUCAUCCCCAACACUCAACUAGCCACGUCGCCUCUCAUGAAACCGUCUAUGGUGGUAGCACCGGUGGUGGAUACAGUGGAUCCGACAGUGGAUACAGCUCCUCUGGACACGGUGGUGGAUGGGGACGUUCCUUCGAAGCCCAACAGCUCGCCUACAGGGGUUACAAGCAAGCCAACCAGCAGUGAGAUCGCCGGGAGUUACCGGAAGAGUACCUGCCAAACCUCAGAGAGCAUAACUAGUUGUUUUGUCCGUCGGCACCUUUCCCUUUCUAAUUUAAUUUAUAUUAUUUAUUUUUCCCUCAGUUUUUAUCACUUUGUCCGACGAACAAAUAUGAAGAUACCAUUUAUAUCUAACUAUGUUAGGUAUUUAUAAUUAAGGAACAUUGUUAUUUUGUAAAAUAAAGAUUGUCUUUACAAUAUCUUAUCCGUUCUAG